AGCACGCGCCGCCGCAGUAGCUGGGGUCUCUAGCCGCCGCGGAGGAAGCGGCUUGCGGGAGCCUCUGGGGAGUACGGGCCGAGCCGGCAGUUGGUUGGUGCUUGGUUCUCGGCCGCGGCGACAGGUCCCUCCACGUGCUUUCGGCGGCGACAUGGAGCUGGAGGAAUUGGGGAUCCGAGAGGAAUGUGGCGUGUUCGGGUGCAUCGCCUCAGGAGAGUGGCCCGCUCAGCUAGAUGUGCCGCAUGUGAUCACUCUGGGACUCGUGGGGCUGCAGCACCGGGGUCAAGAGAGUGCUGGUAUUGUGACCAGUGAUGGGAAUUCAGUGCCAACAUUCAAAACGCACAAGGGAAUGGGUCUUGUAAAUCACGUUUUUACUGGAGACAAUUUGAAGAAAUUAUACGUUUCAAAUCUUGGAAUUGGACACACGAGGUACGCCACUACAGGAAAAUGUGAAUUAGAAAAUUGUCAGCCCUUUGUUGUUGAAACACUUCAUGGGAAAAUAGCUGUGGCACAUAAUGGCGAAUUGGUAAAUGCUGCUCAAUUAAGGAAAAAGCUUCUGCGACAUGGUGUUGGUCUGUCAACAAGUUCUGAUAGUGAAAUGAUUACCCAGUUACUAGCAUAUACCCCUCCACAGGAGCAGGAUGACACUCCAGACUGGGUAGCAAGGAUUAAAAACUUAAUGAAGGAGGCACCCACAGCAUACUCCCUGCUUAUAAUGCACAGAGAUGUUAUUUAUGCAGUACGAGAUCCUUAUGGAAAUCGUCCUCUGUGCAUUGGUCGUCUUAUUCCAGUAUCUGAUAUAAAUGAGAAAGAGAAAAAAACAUUAGAAACAGAAGGAUGGGUGGUAUCUUCAGAAUCUUGUAGCUUCUUAUCUAUUGGUGCAAGAUACUACCGUGAAGUCUUGCCUGGAGAAAUUGUGGCAAUAUCCAGACAUAAUGUUCGAACUCUUGAUAUUGUAUCAAGGUCUGAAGGAAACCCAGUGGCUUUUUGUAUCUUUGAAUAUGUUUAUUUUGCAAGACCAGAUAGUAUGUUUGAAGACCAAAUGGUUUAUACAGUAAGGUACCGUUGUGGCCAGCAGCUGGCGAUUGAAGCGCCUGUGGAUGCAGAUUUGGUUAGCACUGUUCCGGAAUCUGCCACACCUGCUGCUCUUGGUUAUGCAGCAAAGUGUGGACUUCCGUAUGUGGAGGUGCUGUGUAAAAACCGAUACGUAGGAAGAACCUUCAUUCAGCCAAACAUGAGGUUAAGACAACUUGGUGUUGCAAAAAAAUUUGGAGUAUUGUCAGACAACUUUAAAGACAAAAGAAUUGUCCUUAUAGAUGAUUCAAUUGUGAGAGGCAAUACCAUCUCACCUAUAAUAAAAUUGCUCAAAGAAUCUGGUGCAAAAGAGGUACACAUUCGAGUAGCCUCACCACCAAUUAGAUAUCCAUGCUUCAUGGGAAUAAACAUUCCCACAAAAGAAGAGCUUAUUGCCAAUAAACCAGAAUUUGAUCAUCUUGCAGAAUAUCUAGGAGCAAACAGCGUUGUGUAUCUGUCAGUAGAAGGAUUGGUUUCAUCUGUACAAGAAGGGAUAAAAUUUAAAAAACAGAAGGUGGAAAGGCAAGAUAUUAUGAUUCAAGAAAAUGGAAAUGGUCUGGAAUAUUUUGAAAAGAACGGUCAUUGUACAGCUUGUCUCACUGGAAAAUACCCUGUAGAAUUGGAAUGGUAGCUGGUAGGGGCAGAUGUAUCAUUUCAAGAUACAAAGUUGGUUAAGAAGUUACAGUGGUUACACCUUAUCUGUUUACUGUUGCUCUGUUGGUACAAUAUAAAAUGCCACAUGCUUAUGUUAUACCUUUACACGUUUUAAGAUUUUUUUUGAAAAGGGUACCAAAGUGCUAUAAUUGAACCUUGCUAAUUGUAUAUAAUACAACAACAUGUGGUAUUCUUUUUUUACACAAGCAUUGGCUAGCAUUUUGUACCUGAUCAGAAAAGGCAGGUGGUAAGUGACAUUUGCCAGGCCCUUGCUUUAAAGGGUUUGCAAGAGGUUAGACCUAAGAUAGGAGGCUUGAUGCAAACAGGACAAGUGAGUUAAAUAUAACAUUUCGUGUGAAGUUUGAAUCCAUUAUACACUGUAGGUGUCUAGCCUUUACAGUUCUGGCUGUAGUUAUGACAUUGGCUUCACUGUCUAACCUUAAACAAAACUUACUAUCUAUAUAAAAAAGAUCUUUUGUGCCUCAGUUUCCCCACCUCUGCAGUGGGGUACUUUUAUUAUUAAAUAACUAAUUGGAAUGUGAAUAAAUUUCAUACUUUGGUGGUUAGAGCCAUCAUUUCACUCCCAAAUUUUAAGAUAGUACAUGAUUAUUAGCUUUUGAAAAGCUAAUGAUUGUUAACCUUUUUGAGAUUAAUUUGCAGUUAUGAUUUCAUUAUGAUGGAGGGAGACAUAGUUUGGUGGAUCUUUGCCAUCUGUCCUUGAGCUUGAGAUAUACCUCAAGAAUGGUUGUAAAAAUCUGUGGAAAAGUUUCUCCUUCAUUUGACUAGAAAGUGUGAUCCAUAAUACUUAGUGCCCUAAUAGUAUGAGCUCAGGAAGCCACCUAGUACAUUUGAAAUACAAACCAAAUUUUUACAUUCAAAUAAACCUUUAUUCUUAAUUUGAUUAUCAUAUGCUUUUUUAAAUAAAGUGCUUGAUCACUUGCAAGUAUAUGCAUAUACACAUACAUAUUCUUGCAAUGAAGUGAUCAAGGAGAAACACAGUAGGGGCCAAUUUUAUUUAAGGAUCAAGGCAACAACUACUUUUUUAGAAUUAGAAUGCCCAUAUCCAAGCAUCAGCUGAUAAUCACUUUUUUCUACUUUGUGUUAUUAGGAUCUAAAGAAUUUUUUUCUUGUAACAUCCAAGAUUUAGACGUUUAAGAUGAGUUGCCCCCAACCCGUUUGUGUAAGAUUUUUAAAACAUAAAAGUGAUUGUUUCCGUGUUUUGUUACCACAAUUUGAUGUAUAUAGUGUCCAAAUCCAUUUCAAAAUUAAUAUUUAUUAAUAACUGAAAUUGUUUGUCUUCAUUUGGUAUAUAGCCUCCUAUAUUAUAUUAUGGCAGGCCAAGAUAAAAUCUUGACAGCUCUGUAAGCCCAUGGGCGGCUGGGGGUCUAGGUCAGAUAACCCUGUGGCAAUGACACAGGCAGAGUGACAUUUGAAUACAGCCCUGGGACCACUUCAGCAUUAUCACCUCUUAUCUUAAAGGUAUUCCCUAUGGCAGCAUGGAGGAGGCAAGACCUGUGGGUCCAUUUUGAACUGGCCUUACUGACAUUUGAUUUUUAAAAACCAGAGACUCAGGGAAAGUACUAAACCAAAAUCUCUGAUUUUACUUUUGUGUUUUCCAUAGUUCUUAUUUGUUUUAUUGAGAUGCUUUUGUAAAGAAAAAUAAUACUGUGACAGUUUGGUAAUUUUACAAAUUGCUUAAUAUUUCUCCAUCAUGGCCUUUUAUUUUCACAAUUUUAUGCAGUCUGAAUUCAAUUACAAUUUUUUAACAAUUUAAUCUCAAAUGUUGUUUAACUACUUUAAAUUUAUAUAAGUAGAGUGUUGUAAACUACAGAGAAGAUGAAAAAUGUGUUUUCACACGAUCUAUAUUGUGAACUAAACCUUUUUUGUGACUUCUUUGUGAUGUCUGGGUGACAAAUAUAUGUAGUAAGUGUGUUUAAA